CUCGCGCCGGGGGCGCGGGAGGGAGCGGCGGAGGAGAAGCGGCGGGAGCGGAGCGGAGCCGAACCGAGCGCAGCGGAGCCGAGCGCGGGCAGCGCUGCCUGUCCCGUCCCCUGCCGUCCCCUCCCCGCGGGCUGACAGGCAGAUAUGGUCCUGAGCACCGUGAGCACAUGACUUCAGAGAUGGACAACCAGAUCUGUUACAAGUUGUGACUGGCCUUAAGUUGACUUAUAACCAUUGAAGAGCUUAACAGGAAUUCUCUCAUUCCUGAUUUUUGCCUAUCUGAUUGCCUCACACCACCAGCUGAACCAUGUAUGGAAGUGCUCGUUCCGUGGGCAAGGUGGAGCCCAGCACGCAGAGCCCGGGGCGCUCGCCGCGCCUGCCGCGCUCGCCUCGCCUGGGCCACCGGCGAACCAACAGCACGGGGGGCAGCUCGGGGAGCAGUACUGGGGGUGGCAGUGGGAAAACCCUUUCUAUGGAAAACAUUCAGUCCUUAAAUGCUGCCUAUGCUACGUCUGGCCCUAUGUACCUAAGUGACCACGAGAACGUGGGCGCAGACACCCCGAAGAGCACCAUGACCUUGGGCCGGUCGGGAGGGCGGCUGCCUUACGGUGUUCGCAUGACUGCCAUGGGCAGCAGCCCUAACAUUGCCACUAGUGGAGUUGCCAGUGAUACCAUUGCAUUUGGAGAGCACCAUCUCCCCCCAGUGAGCAUGGCAUCCACUGUGCCUCACUCGCUGCGCCAGGCCAGGGACAACACCAUCAUGGACCUGCAGACACAGCUCAAGGAGGUGCUGAGGGAAAACGAUCUGCUCCGCAAGGAUGUGGAGGUGAAAGAAAGCAAGCUGAGUUCUUCCAUGAACAGCAUCAAGACCUUCUGGAGUCCUGAGCUCAAAAAGGAGAGAGCUCUGAGGAAGGAUGAAGCUUCAAAAAUAACCAUUUGGAAGGAACAGUAUAGAGUUUUGCAAGAAGAAAACCAGCAUAUGCAGAUGACUAUCCAGGCUCUCCAAGAUGAGCUGAGGAUCCAGAGGGACCUGAACCAGUUGUUCCAGCAGGACAGCAGCAGCAGGACCAGCGAGCCCUUGGUGGCAGAGCUGACAGAGGAGAACUUCCAGCGGCUGCACGCGGAGCACGAGCGCCAGGCCAAGGAGCUGUUCCUGCUACGGAAAACCUUGGAGGAGAUGGAGCUGCGUAUUGAGACACAGAAACAGACCUUAAAUGCACGUGAUGAGUCCAUCAAAAAGCUGCUGGAGAUGCUGCAGAGUAAAGGUCUGUCAGCAAAAGCCACUGAGGAAGACCACGAGCGGACACGACGGUUGGCUGAGGCAGAGAUGCACGUGCACCACUUGGAAAGCCUUCUUGAACAGAAGGAAAAAGAAAACAACAUGCUGAGAGAGGAAAUCCAUCGUCGAUUUGAGAGCGCUCCCGACACGGCCAAGACAAAGGCUCUCCAGACUGUUAUUGAGAUGAAGGAUUCAAAAAUCUCUUCCAUGGAGCGCGGCCUCCGGGAUUUGGAAGAGGAGAUUCAGAUGCUGAAGUCCAACGGAGCCCUGAGCACCGAGGAGCGGGAGGAGGAGAUGAAGCAAAUGGAGGUGUACCGCAGCCAUUCCAAAUUCAUGAAAAACAAGGUAGAGCAACUGAAGGAAGAGCUAAGUGCCAAAGAGGCUCAAGGGGAGGACCUGAAAAAAAGAGUGGCUGGUCUCCAGACUGAGAUUGGCCAGGUGAAACAGGAGCUGUCACGCAAGGACACCGAGCUGCUGGCCCUGCAGACCAAGCUGGAGACCCUCACCAAUCAGUUCUCUGACAGCAAGCAGCACAUCGAGGUUCUCAAAGAGUCUCUUACAGCUAAAGAGCAAAGAGCUGCCAUCCUGCAGACAGAGGUGGACGCGCUGCGGUUACGUCUGGAAGAGAAGGAGACCAUGCUGAAUAAGAAGACAAAGCAGAUCCAGGAGAUGGCAGAGGAGAAGGGGACUCAGGCAGGAGAGAUCCAUGACCUGAAGGACAUGCUGGAGGUGAAGGAACGCAAAGUCAAUGUUCUUCAGAAGAAGAUUGAAAACCUUCAAGAGCAGUUGAGAGACAAGGAGAAGCAGAUGAGCAGCUUAAAGGAUCGGGUGAAAUCCCUGCAGGCUGACACCACCAACACUGACACUGCCUUGACCACGCUGGAAGAAGCGCUGGCAGAAAAAGAAAAGACCAUUGAGCGUUUAAAGGAGCAGCGUGACAGAGAUGAACGAGAAAAACAGGAAGAGAUCGACAACUACAAGAAAGACAUUAAGGACCUGAAAGAGAGAGUCAGCAUUUUACAAGGAGAUCUCACAGAGAAAGAGACAUCAUUACUGGAUCUUAAGGAACAUGCUUCAUCAUUAGCUUCAUCAGGAUUGAAGAAAGAUUCAAGACUCAAGACACUGGAAAUUGCAUUAGAACAGAAAAAGGAAGAAUGUUUGAAGAUGGAAACACAAUUGAAGAAGGCUCACGAGGCAGCCCUGGAGGCCAGGGCCAGCCCCGAGCUGGGCGAGCGCCUGCAGCAGCUGGAGCGGGAGGUGACGCGCUACCGCGAGGAGUCCGGCAAGGCUCAGGCCGAGGUGGAUCGGCUCCUGGAGAUCCUCAAAGAGAUGGAAAACGAGAAGAAUGACAAGGAUAAGAAGAUAGCAGAGCUGGAAAGGCAAGUUAAAGAUCAAAAUAAGAAAGUAGCAAAUCUGAAGCACAAAGAACAAGUGGAGAAAAAGAAGAGUGCACAGAUGCUGGAGGAGGCCAGGAGACGAGAGGAUAAUCUUAAUGACAGCUCCCAACAGCUUCAGGACAAUCUGCGUAAAAAGGAUGAUCGGAUUGAAGAGUUGGAAGAGGCACUCAGAGAAAGUGUUCAGAUAACUGCAGAGCGAGAAAUGGUGCUAGCACAAGAGGAGUCAGCCAGGAUCAAUGCUGAGAAACAGGUCGAGGAGCUGAUGAUGGCUAUGGAGAAGGUCAAACAGGAGCUGGAGUCAAUGAAAGCCAAAUUGUCCUCUACACAACAGUCUUUGGCUGAGAAGGAAACCCAUUUGACCAACCUACGAGCUGAAAGAAGGAAACAUUUGGAGGAGGUCCUGGAAAUGAAACAAGAAGCCCUUCUUGCUGCCAUUAGUGAAAAAGAUGCCAAUAUUGCUCUGCUAGAGCUCUCAUCCUCUAAGAAGAAGACUCAGGAUGAAGUGGCUGCACUGAAACGGGAGAAGGACCGCCUUGUGCAGCAGCUCAAGCAGCAGACUCAGAACCGUAUGAAGCUGAUGGCUGACAACUAUGAGGAUGACCACCUCAAAUCCUCAUCCCAUCCCAACCAAACCAACCACAAGCCCUCCCCUGACCAGAUAAUUCAGCCCCUCUUAGAACUCGACCAGAACCGCAGCAAGUUGAAGUUGUACAUCGGCCAUCUGACAGCCCUGUGCCACGAGCGCGACCCCCUGAUCCUGCGCGGGCUCACCCCACCUGCCUCCUACCACCUGGAUGAUGACCAGGCAGCCUGGGAGAAGGAGCUGCACAAGAUGACCCAGGAGCAGCUGCACAAGGAGCUGGAGAAGGGGGAGAGGGAGAGCGUGGAGCUGCAGGAGUUUGCCAACGCCAUCCUGCAGCAGAUCGCGGAUCACUGCCCCGACAUCCUGGAGCAGGUCGUCAACGCCCUCGAGGAGUCCUCGUGACCUCGGCCACCAGCCCAUGGAACAGCACACCAGUGGCCAAGCCAGGCAGCCCACGGAGCCAUGGGAGUGGAGAGCAAUGUGAAAGAACAUGGAAUAGAAACUCCUGGUGCACCUCUGACAAAGAAAACAAAGGCAAAAAAAAAAACCCUUCUAAAAAGUACAUCCUCUCUAGGUUCUUCCAGUCUGUGAUUAAUCAGCCAUUUUUAUAUUCAUCUUCUCACUGCCUUUCUACUUUAGAAUCCAAUUCCCCAUUGACUUUGUUGGUGGUGACUUUUGGAUACAGCUAAGCAGAGCUCUUCCAAGUCUACUGAGCAAAGAAGAGGGGAUCCACUGAACACAAGCAGCUCUAGUUCUCCAUGAGGUUGCAGAAGAGUAGCCCUCACCUUUCAUUAAUAUAUUGCUUUUUCCUUCUUGUCUGCUUUCCUCCUUCUUGUUUUUUUUAUUUUCAUGAAAGCUGAAAGCCUGAAUUUCAUAGUGCUAAAACCAAACCUGAGUGUGCCCUGAUUAUGGCUCAUGGCUGGCCAGCAUCAGCUAGCUCAGGUCUUGCUGCCUGUCUCAGUGCUUCUUAUGUUCUUAAAUAACAGAGUGAGGAAAGGAAAGUUUCCCUCCUUGCUCCUGUUAGUCAUUUUUUCUAGCAGCUGGGUGAAAAGGUAGGCAUACUGGUACUUUCUGUUUACUUAACUUGGAAUUUCAUUGUUCACUGGUCUGACUCUGAAUUGCUAGGUGGGCCAUUUUUUGAGGUGACUGUUUUCAUCUUUUGAUUUUUGGGGGGUUUUAGAUGAGGUUUCUCAUCUUAGGUCUGUGUCUCCUAUGUUCUUACUUUAUAGAGAGCUCUCUCCCUUUGAGCAGGUGUGGUCAACAGGUCAGUUCCCAGCUUUAACUUGUACAGUUUGUCCAGUUUUUCAGGCUAUGACUUUGUGAACACUGACUGUCAUCAGAAUAGUCUUAAGCAUUCUGUAAAUGAGAAAUUUGCAUCAUUUAGCUUAAAAGUAUAAUUUUAAAGCUAAGUUAGGUAAGCCAGUAGCAUAUUUCUUACUAUAAUUAUAAUUUAAUUUAUUUUGGUUUAGCUUACACUGAGGAGGAAUGAGUUUGAGUUCAGAGCAAUAACCCUUAUGAAGAGGAGCAUCUCUGCUGGAGUUGGCACCCAGCUGAGUAGAUAGGUGUAAAAUCACAGCUUUACUUAAACCAGUGCAAUUCUUCUGUGUAUAUGAGAGGCCUUAGUUUUAUUCCCAUCCACCUUUGACACUCGUUACUGCUCCUGCUGAUAGGUAAUAUGACCUGAAAUCCCAGAUCAGUUUGUCUGCAGUUUGGUAGCAAGUCAGAAAUCCUAUUUUAUGAGUAGGACUUGGGUGCUCAUUCUUGGACUAUGCAUUAAUGGGGAGACAGGUUUUUUCCUGGCUGCCAGUGGUUAUGUGUGUCUGGGGGCAUCUGCAGGACAGAGCCCUGUAACAUGUCCCCAUGUGGUCCCUAAAGGAGCUGCUCCCUUUGACUGGCUCAUCUUACUUCAGAGAGUGAGGGGAAGACAAAAGGAGACCAAAUAACACAGCAGUGGAAGAUAUCUUGGUUUUCUAGUCAAGAGGUAAUUAUGAAUCUUCUCAGUAAACCUCCCAUUCAGAGCCUGCAGUUUAAUUCCAUAUAGCUUACUACAUUUUCAGCUUAAUCACUAAGCUGUUUUGCUAAGGAAAAUGUUCCAGGCCUUUUCAAGAAAGCUGCAUUUCUUACAUCUCUGGGAUCCACAGCUCAGCUCUCCUGUAGGUCUUUCACACCUUGUUUUUAGAAGUGAGCAAUUGCUUCCAACAGAAAGGAGAUCAGCAAAAGUUUGAGCAAGGGAAGAUGUACCUUGUAGUUUUUUCCCAAACAAGCAGUGAAAAUUAGGUAAAACUGAAACCUUAUGUACCUGUAGACUCUAUUGAAAACUAGCUAAUUUAAAAUAAAUUCCAUCCCCAUUGAUUCUACUGUAAUAAUUCAGCAGAAGGAGCUGCAUUCAUAGCCAGGCUGUCUAGGAAGAAGUCUCAAAAGAAGAGGCAAAUCACCCUUUUCCCAAUUCUUUUGGAAUUACCAGUGCUUUGCAAAUCAGGAGAGCUAACUUUAGUUCUUCCUGUAAUAGCAGCCUGUGUCUGAAGCUUUUUUUUUUCUGUUGUGUGAUGUGUGAGGGGAGCAAUGGGAACCUGGAUGUGUGGAAGGGGGGAAUGCCGGAAGGGCAGCAGACAGUGACUGUACCACUGCUGGGCCCUGCCUCAUCCCAGAGCCACCCCUUUGGUCCCAUUCUUUGAGUCAGCACGUUUCGAUAGGAGCUGUUGUUUUGAAAUCUUUCCUCUUGCAUUUUCUUCAUCACCCCUAAUUACUCACUCCAGGAAUUUAAUGCUGCCUGUAAAAGCAUCAGAGCCAUCAGCCCGGCAUCAUCGGCCACCGCCGCCCCUCCUGACUCUCUCAUUAACUUAUAUGGUCAAAUCUCCAGCUGCCCUGGUUCCCUGCUGUAAAACAAUCCUUCCUCUGUGAGAAGCUGUGGAAUUUCCCUUAUUGAUGGUUCAAAUGGCUCCUGCUUGUAAACCUCUUACUGAGAUGUUCCUUGAUAGUGUUUCUGCUGGAGGCAGGGGCAGGGGGAGGGGAUGAGAGUGAGGCGUGAUCACUUCAGGCUGUUAUUUCAAUUCCCUGGCUUUACUGCAUUGCCCACACAUUGCAGGGAAGUGCUGCUGCUUCUUCAGCAUCUCUAACUCAGCUUGUGGCUGCAUUUCUAUAGUCCAAAGUGCCCCAGCCAACGGCCUGGUGCUGUCAGGGCAGCCUGUGCAGGAUCUGUGCACCAGCAGCGGGGUGAAGCUCACUGUUUACACAUCUCCUGGCCAGGGAGGAUUUGUCAAGCCUGGCUGGUUUUCACGCUGGCCAUUUGGUCUUUUAUCUGCCAGCCACACACCUGCUGUUCCUUCCAUCUGAAUUGUUGGGCCUUGGUGAUUUUUCUCGUUAACCACUGUUAUCUCCUAGGUCUUGUAGGUUUCCCAUCUUAAAGAUUGGUCUUAGACCUCUGUGAAGUGCUUUCAGGGAAGGAGCAGAUCUCAUUUAGGAAUAGUCUUGAUCUGACUUGAUGUCCAUUGAACUAUUUCGGGUAACCUUUCUGAUCCUCUGUUGACAGAGAUCCUGUGAAUACCUUGAGGAACUUUGAGGUUUGGGAGGUACUGCUGGCCACAAUUUAAUGCUGAAUGUGACCACUGAAAGCUUUUUCUUUUCACUCGUAUGGAGUGCCACACCAUUGGCCUUAAGGCAACAAAGGGAUUUUAUUCUCAUAACCCAUCCUGGAAUUGCAUAUGAGGCACAUGGGAGAAGGGCCAUAUGUGGCAUACCCUGCAUUGCUCAUCCAGUUGCCUAACCCACCACUGCUCUUUUUAAGAUCUUAUUCCCAAGUGUCAGCAGCCAGGCAGAUGCAGACAGUUUCCUACCAGCAGCUCGAGGAAAUUAGGGCCCCUUCCCAGGGACCCUGGGGAAGUUUGCUUUUUCUUCUGCUGUUGAAUGAAGUUCCAUUUGCUACAGGAGCUGUGAAAGUUUUAACUGCUUUCAUAUUAUUUCUUCUUCUGAGCUGUCAUUUGCAGAGAAACUGAGAGAUAUAAGGACUCAGGGGCUGUUUGUAGAAAAUUAAGUAGGUCAUUUUGGCAGGGUUUGGGCUAAAAAAUAACUGAAGCCUCUGAAGCCCACGUACACUGUAAAAGCUGACACUGCAACCACACUUGUUCAUGAUAUCCACAAGUCCAAGUCCAUAUUUUCCUCUGAAUCCAACCUCAUGUAAAACACUAAAAGGACACAACACUAGAAUUGCAGGGUGAGGACAUGAGCCCUGUUUGCCAUUGGAAGAAGAAUUACCUGGCAUGCUCCCAGAUGAAGCUCUAAGUAUUCUCUCUCGUUUUGACUGCCUUUAACCAGCUUUCACUCCAGAAAAUGCCAAACCCUCUUUGGAAUAUCCAGUUUUUGCCAAGUCCUGGGGACGGAAGGUGAAGGUCCGACGUGAUGCGCGGAACCGCGUGCGCCAUUUCUCGUUGCACGGCUGGAAUAUGCCUUCUCUCAGAAAUUUCCUGGUACUUCAGGGCUCUGAAAUUUGCACAAGGGAGCAUAGAUGUCAUCAGUCUUGUAGAGAUAACCCUGGUUGUUGAAGCAAAGGGGCACCUCUGUAAUUCCCAUCCGUCCUGCUGCUAGUACUCAAUUUGUUGGGAAAUUUUUACAUCUGAUGAGGGUUGACAGGGUUGAGUCCCCACUCCUGUACUAAUUGCCAAUUGCUGCCACUGCAGGGGUCUUUACAGAGGAUGUGGAGUCAUGCACUGAUACGGUUUCAAAGCAAAAAUGUCACUACAUACAAAAAUGUGUAUAUCCCUGAAAUGACUCCAGUGAAAUGCUAAAGGAAAAGAGUACAACCAAGGCAUCUGAUACUGAAAGGAAGCUUCUCCUCAGCUCAACCCCCACUGGAAGAGGGACCUGAAGAGGCCGUGGAAGGCUCUGGAAAAACCAACACUGCCCCAGCAGAGCCGGCAGGGUGGGAGGGCCGGGCACGGGGCAUCGGGGGCAUCGUGCCUGGCAAGGCCAACUCUGCUGACCCCUCUCAUCUGCAUGGUGAGGAAGAGGAGUGUCAGGGGUUUUUUUAAAAUGAAACGAUGUUUUUAAUUGUUUUUUCCACAUAAAUGGAAGGAACCUUACGCAGCAGCAGAUCCUUCUGAACAAAAUGGCUGUAUCCACUGACUAUUUUUAAAACAAAAAAAAAAAAAAAGAGAAAAACUGUUUCAAAACUUUUUAGUGUCAAAAGCAUAAACUCAGAAAUCCUGACUUUUUCCAGUGUGUGUGGUGAGUGCUGUAACCCUGUCAUCAGUAUCUCCCCUGACUUUUUCAGGGGUGUUUUUUUCCUGUUUUGUUUUCUGCUUGUCGAUAUUGUCUGUGUGGUCCUAAGGCUGGGGCAGUUACCAACAAUGUGUGUCUAUUGUCGGUUUGAAACAAAAGAUAGUAGUAGAACUGAAAAAGAUGUGUUUUUAAAAAUAUAUAAAAAUAAAUUUCAUUAAAAGGAAUUCAAGUAAAGAAGCAACAAAGCCAUGACUCCUCCUCUCGGGAUUGUACGGAAAAGGAUUUGUGGGCUUAUAAUUAUAACCAGUUGCCUUUCACAGGCUUUUGAGGUCCAAGGCAGCUUGGCCUCUUAGGAAAUGUUACAAACCCUGUAUAAAUUCCUGCUUUCCCAGGUUUAUACUGUACAUGUGUAAGACAGAAAUGGGCAGAAUGAAACAGUAUUUUGGAAGUCAAUCUUUUCUGGUAACAGUUAUCAACACCAGAUGUCCCCUAAGAUGGGAUCCACUGAUGUGAAUGGGCCAAAUGCUUUGGCCAAAUUUUCUGGUUUCUUCAUCCCACUCCUUGAUGCCAGGCACAUGAGCAAGUGCAGAUCUGCUAGUGCAGGUAGUUGUGUGUAGGUUCAUUAUCAAAGUUGUAUUUCCUUGCCUCUGGUGUUGGUCAUGUACCCAAGCACAUUAUGGGGCAGGAAAGCCCCAAACCAGCAGCCACUUUCUGCUCUGGUUGCAUCAAAGACUUGCAUUGCUUGAAAGGAACAUCAUGAGGCUAAACUGGUGUGUGAGGUUAACAAAAUAAACCCUGACAAAUCGCUUUACCUAUGAACACAGGUAAAGAAUUUCAUUAAGUGAAUGUAUUUUUAUUAUCAAACUUAACCAUGUGCUGUUUGUCCCCAUUUUGCAAGCUUAGUUCAGAUCUUGAAAAUCAAGUCAGUGUUAUUUGCUUUUAAGUAGGUAUUCCCAUUAGGCUCUUGGUGCUUUGGUAGGGCUUUUUGUUCAAAACAUUGGUUUCUUUCACUUGGAAACUGGCAAAAAAUUGAUCUAUUGGUCAUGUAUACUCUUACUUGUUAUAAAAUGUGUUUAUCUUAAAAACCAAAUCUGAAGCCAAAUUUUCAAAGGAGACAUUGCUCCUUUUAUCUGCCCCAUCUUCCCAGAUCUCUGUGGACAAGGCCAAGUCCUCCUUCCCUCCCUGCCCAGGGGUGGCUGCAUUUGGCCCCUCACUACACACUCAUUACAGUAUAACUGGGGAGGCUUUAGUGUAAGAUGCCUUUAUUUGUCCAGAUGCUGGAGGAGGACGAAUCCAAUGGGACCACAAACAGGGGAAUAACUUCUGUGCUAGCCCAACAUGCUGCUCCAAGCCCACCUGAACAGUACAUUGCCGUUUCCUUCCAAGGCAGUGAAUGAGGAGAGCUGCACACCAAGCUCACAAAUCAUCUGUGGAGUUGAAUUCUGUGGGAUGCCCCAUCCCCUCCACAGACACAGAUCCCUCAUUUGCUUUGGAAGAGACGUGUUGCACUUUAGUGGAGGGGGAGGCAGGCUUUAGGGAUGGGAUCUAGUGUGCUUGAAUUCCUUUUGGAAGUGACAGCAGCGGGAGACAUUGGUGUCCAUGAUGCAAGUGCACACGCUGCCUUCAACUCGUAUGUGUUUUAUUGCUGGAGUCAUGUUACUGACAGGAUAAUGUAAUUGCAAAGAAAAUGUGUUAUAUUCAACUUUGCCUUGAUAAUAUAAACACUUUGUUC